UAACCUCUCGCUUGAUCUCUCUGUUUGGCUCUAGAGCGAAAAAUGAGAGAAACGAAUGGAAAACAACAGAAAAGUAAGAAAAUUGGAGAUGAUGAAGAAGGAAGGAGCAUCAACAAUUUACCAGACUCCAUUCUUCUUCACAUUUUCUCCUUUCUGGAGAUGAAAUACGUUAUGAGAACCAGUGUUGUUUCGAAAAGAUGGGAGAAUCUUUGGGCCUCUGUCCCCAAUCUCAUCUUCUCACUCAAAGAAUCCGAUGUCUCCGUAAGUUCAUGGAAUUCGUCGAUAGAGUACUCCUCCUUCGCGAUUCGCCGACUAUUCAAAAGUUCAGUCUCACUCAUAAGCGGGGAUGGUGGGGAUUUCAUGGGUCUCUCAGUUUGAACCGUCUUAAUUCAUGGAUAUGUGCUGUAACUAAACGGCAUGUUGAACAGCUUAUAGUCGACAUUUGUUUGAUAGGUGUUGGGUUUCUUAACUUGCCUUCAAGUCUAUUUACUUGCAUGUCACUUGUUGAAUUACAACUCGAUGAGCUACUUUUUACGGAUUUUCCGAGCUCUGUUUAUCUUCCGAAUCUUAGUACAUUGAAAAUGUCGUUUUUUUUUUAUCUGGGCAAUAGCCUAAAUCAGAGGUUUUUUUCUGGGUUUCCUAUGUUAGAGAAUUUGAGUAUGCGCGUAUUUUCCUUCUCAGAUCAGGAUAUGGAAAUACUGAUCGAUAUAUGUGCCCCUAAAUUGAGGAAGUUACAUACGUUUUUGUUUGCGAAUAAGGAUAAAAAUUCUCCAUAUCUUAACAAUGUUAAGGUUUUGAUAGAUGCAACUAUUCUCGAGUACCUUGAUAUUGAAGAUGGUUGUGAGGCAUGUUACUUGAUAAAGGAUGAACCAUCUUCUCUAACCAGUGCAGAAAUUGAUGUUGGGCCAGACUUUUUUGGGGAGGCCGAUUGGGUACCUGAGUUCUUCAGAGUUUUUACCUUUUGCCAUGUGACUCAUUUGGUGUUGUUGAGUUGUGAUGAUUUGUCGAAGCUGCCAGAAGCACUUCAAAGAAUGCCUAAACUGGAAUUUUUGGAUGUGUGUGUGGUGGGGGCCAGAAAAGGACAUAUCCUUUGGAAGUGGAAGAAGAUCAUGGCUCGAGUGACGAAAAUUACUUCAAUAAGGAGUUUUAUUGGAUGCAGUCACAGGUAUUGCCUAGUUGUUUGUUAUCACAUUUGAAAGUAAUCUAAGUUGGUGAAUUCAAGGGAAAGAAUGAUGACCUGCUUCUAGUAAGGUAUUUGCUGAAGAACUCAAAAGUGUUGAGUAAGAUGACAAUUGACCUUUCUUCUUUUUUAUAUGGUAAAGAGAAGCCAUUUCUUGAGAAAAUUAUCAAGUUUUCUUUUGGUUCAGAGACAUGUGAAGUUCAGUUUUGCUAGUUUGCCUCUUUUAAAAAUCAACUAGGUUUUGAUGCCUUUAUAAGUUUUAUGUAUGAGUACUCAGUUGAUGCUUGAAAGAAAGACUACUUUGCCAU